AUGGAUUUCCCCUUUGGCCAAGAUGAGCAGGGAAAUCCUCUCCCGGAUCCCGAUCCCGCGAAUAUUCUUGGCCCCAAUCCCGACGAAGGAUGGCCUAAGGAUGAACAUCCACAACAAGGGAGCCGUCAGGUUGUCGGUGGUUUUCUCGAAGAUCUCCCUGACCUCGAUGAUCUUGACGCUCACCUUAGGGACCCUGGCUCAUUUGCUUUGAGUAUCGACUUCCACGCGAGUUUCGAGGGGAUUUUGCCUCCCCUCGCUUCUCCAAACGGUUCGGCCAACCAGGGCUUGGGCCCGACAGUCCUCCCAGAACCUGAACAGGCCAAGAAUAACAGCAAUGACCUCGCCUAUGGGCCCGGCAAUGGCCACGCCGCCAUGGAGCAAUUUUACACUGAUGACGAGGGCCGCUUAUGGUUUCUUAACAGCCAAGACUACGACAGUAAUGGCCAACUCAUCGCGACUUACAGGUACAUCGACGAUAAUGGGGAUCAGUGGACGCGCCAACAGAUUGUACCCCUGAUACCAUCUGAGCAGACCUUCGGCCAGGAUAACGAUCGCCAUGACGACCCUAUGGUUCAACAAAACCAGGACUUGAUGCACAGUCAAGGCUUCAAUCAAGGCUCUCCAUCCUAUGUUCCAGUCGGACCUCCAGUCGAAGAUUACUAUGGUGGCCAACAUGGUGGCUCCACCUCGCAGGGACUAUAUGAUAGCCUUGCCCCCAAGGCUUCUCGCUUGACUGCUGAGUCUCCGUCGGGUUCUGCAUAUCGGUCGGUGUAUUCGCCUCGCUCCACUUCAGCGAAUUCAGAACCCGGAGCAAAUUCCACACCUCAGCCCACCAUGGAUCAAGCAGUGCCUGUUCUGGUCAUGGAUGAGCGAUCUGUGAACCGCCCGCGCGACGCCUUUCCAAUCAUCUUCGACAAGGCAUUGAAGCUCGGUCUGAGAAAGCUCCUCGAUGCCGGCGGCGUGUCGUUCAGGAUUGCGACCAUGUGCUCCGGCACGGAUGGUCCCAUCCUGGCUCUACGCGAGUUCGUUGAAGCGGCCACCGCCUGCGGCUAUCCGGGACUCCUUCAGUGCAAUCAUGUCUUCAGCGUUGAGAUCGAACCGUUCAAACAAGCCUUCAUUCGUCGCAAUGCAGCUCCUUCAGGCCCGAUCUUUCGCAAUGUCGUCGACGUUGGCAUGCCCGGAGCUACUCAGGCUAUGACGGCUUCCGGAGCCAUGGCCGAUAUCCCUCUGGGAAUCGACAUUCUCAUUGCUGGAAGCUCUUGCGUCGACUUUUCGAGCCUGAACUACGCCAAGAACGACAAGAAGAAGAAUUCUGGUCUCAACAAGCUUUUUGAGCGAUUCAAGGGCAGGGGCAUCUCAGCCAUUCAACAGGACGACCCGAUGGCCAGUCAAGUUGUCGAUGGCCUUCAACAAAUCUUCGAGAGCAUCAAAGAUGAGAAGGGAGAGUCAACCAAAACUUUCCUGUCCAUUCUCAUGUACACCCACGCACAUCGGCCCAAAAUCGUCAUCUUGGAGAACGUUACAAGAGCUCCGUGGGACCAAUUCAGGGACUUCUGGCUGCCAAGCAUCGGAUACGUGGCGGGGUAUGUCCAGGUCGACUCCAAGAACUUUUUGGUCCCUCAAACGAGGCAGAGGAAAUAUCUGCUCGGGGUGGAUGCUCGCUACUAUGGAAACAAGGCCGAGGAUAUCGUCAACACAUGGGUCAAACUCAUGGACAUUACGCAGUGGUUCAAGAAUCCGCCUGACCUCCAGAAGUUCUUGCUUCCCCCGUCUGAUCCGCGUGUGCUUCAGACUCGAUUCCAGUUGGAACGAACGCUGCUCUCGAAGCCGAAGAGGGACGUCGAGGCUGUUCAUUGUGCUGCCGAUCAUAGGUUGGCACGUCGAAAGGAAGAGCUCGGCACGUCGAACCCGUAUACUCGGAUGGAUGACAGAGGCAACGUUCAGCCCCGCGAGGACACCUGGCAGGGCGUCAUCUCAGUCUAUACUUGGCGAAUGCAGGAUCUCCUAGACAUCGAGUACCUGAGAGCACAGAAGAAGGGGUACGACUUCACCCACAAAAUGUUCAUUCUUGACGUCGGACAGAACGUGGAUCGACAGAGCGGAAGGCUGGGGGUAAUUCCGUGUGUUCUUCCCUCAGCUGAUCUCUUCAUCUCGUACGACGGCCGUCCUCUCCUCGGACUCGAGUGUCUCGCUGUGCAGGGCAUUCCCGUUGACCGCAUCUCGCUUUCGGUCGAGGGGGAAAACCAGCUCAAGGACCUUGCCGGAAACGCCAUGACGACCACCGUGGCCGGUGCAGCUAUCCUCUGUGCCCUCAUUGCCGAGUUCAGGUUCAAGACGAAGGCAAGCAACAGGCACUUGCAGGGCCUCGCUCAAGCCACCCCGCUGCUGCCUAGCAGCGUCGUUCAUCAGACCUCGACUGACGAGGCCGGACCUUCCAAUUUGUUGGAUUCUUUCCUUACCCUGGACCCCUCCUCUCUUGGACGCAAAACCCACACAUCUGCCAGCAGAAAAGGAAAAGAAAUCGAUCGAUCAUUUUCUGCCUCGCAAACUACUCCCAACAAGAUGGCUUGGCAGGAGAUCGUCUCCUCCGGCUGGGACGGCAAUAGAUCAGUCGAGUUUUUCUGCACUCUCUGCCUCAAUGGAUGCCGGAAAUGUCGCUGCGACGCCUUCCGCAAGCAUCAACAUACCGGUGUUUAUCUGCGAUGCAAGGACUGCAAUGAGACGCGCUGCCAAAGCUGUGCUGGAAAUCCGGACCACAACUUUGAUAGGGCUAACCCCAUCGACGACGAGGUGUCAAUCGGCAGAAGUUUGGCUCAAGAGCUUGCGAUUGCUGCUUUGCCAGCUCAUCUCUACAUCGAUUGGGCAGGUACCGAUACCGCUCACAGUGUCGAUAUUCUCCACGAACUCGACAAGCAGAUGUUCAGCGAUCACCUCGAGGCUUUACAUCGCGCAAUCCAGACGUGCGCAGGCGGAGUUCAUUACUACCAGACGGACCUCAAGUUCAGAGACGACCUGACUGUGACUUACGAAUCCGAAAAGUCAAUCAUCGUCGUUGUCAUCACCGGAAAGGACGUUACGUGGAGCAUGCAUCUGAGACCCGUCUAUAUCGAAUUCGGGCGCCCAUCGAUUCGGAACGAUACCUCAGCCAGCGAAAAGCUGUUUGUCCAAUGCGAAAUCAACGUGGAUCUGGUUCAAGAACGCGCCAACGAUGGGAGGAUGAACGGUUUCACCCAGAAGCUUAUUGAAGUCAACGGCCUUGCACCCUAUUUAGUGAACGAAAUCACGAAUGUCAUCAACGGGGACUACCACUUUACAGAUAAGUGCGCAACCCCAUUGGGGCUUCUCUUCACCAAGCACGAUCCUCUCAGCCCCGUCUACAUGAUGCUCCAGACGAAUUGUAACGGAGCUGCCGGAACCGACCGAUGGGUCUUGACGAAGAACCCUAGAAAGCUUGAGCCGGAUCAAGUGCGAGAUAUCAUCUGCGUUUUCCCCAAAGGGUUCAAGCACCAAGAAGAACAGCCUCCGGGCUCUAUAGUGUCGGCCGUGUUGCCUGGCGUGUACACGUCUCUGCCGUCCGCCCUGGGUAUCACCGUCCACGAGCGUGAUCCAGCCGUACAUGUUGGCCUCAAAGAUUUGCAGGAGCAGGCUAUCAUGAACAUCGACUGUCAAUCUUCGAUCCCGUCCAUCAUGAUCAAAAUGGACAAGACCGACAUGCACUUUCCAGUCAAGUCGCUCCUCACUCAGUUGACUCCCCCUUCUGGUACAAACAGCAUGGCAGCUUCGUCCGAUAUCUGGUUCACGAUUGCCCAGCACGACAUCAAGGAUGCAUUGGCACUGGCGUCUUCUGCCAUCAACAAGUUGCCGGCCUCAGUAUGUGCUGGACUUCUUACAGUUAGCGACAUCGUGCUGGAUUCUGGUGAUGCGUGCUACAAAUGCUCGCCGACCGCUCCAAAGGCUCUUCAUCACUGGGAUGCGGAUGGCAGCGUUGUACGAAUCGAGAACGAGGCAGUGGCGACUCAAGCGGAGCAGGCUAUGUUGCGACGACCAGCUCCUCUUGAGAUCCAGGCCCGACUGGAGCUGAGUGAAGCUGACGAAUACAAUGUGCUGAGCAUGAGAAUUCUGCUAAACCCAGCGUCGCUGGCGCACCGGGCGCAUGGUUACUUCCCGGUCGACAAGGACAUCAUGUCGCCCAUGGUUCGCUCAACUCGCGGAAGUGGCAAUUUCCGUGUGGAAACGAGCUAUCACGAGCCCAGCCUGAAGGGAUUGCCCCCCUUCAAGGACAGCAUGGUCGCCGUUCAGGCAGAUUCCUAUCCUCCUCAGGGCGUCUUCCGGACGCCCCGGUUUCUGCAGAAUGGAAUGAUGCUUCGACAAGAUCAAGUCGAGGCUUGUCAGUGGAUGCUGCACCGCGAACAAGACGAACCGUUCACUGAAAGGGAAUUCGAGGAGCGUGUUCUUCCAUCUGUGAACGUGCGCUUAAGUGCUGUUGCCGAGCUUGAGAAUUAUGCCCGAGGAGGUGUCCUUGCACACGACAUCGGCUACGGCAAGACUAUAGUUACACUUGGUCUUGUUGAUCAUACAACGACUCGAUCGCAUGCAGAGUUUUCUAUUCUAGAGCGUUCCAAGUGGUUGGGAACCACGGCGUUCAUUCACAUCAAGGCCACUUUGGUCAUCGUGCCACCCCAUAUUGUGUCGCAAUGGGCCAAAGAAGCUAAGAGAUUUGUUCGUCAGCUCAGAGUCCUGGUGCUCACCAAAACGACUGAUAUCUCACGGGAGAGCAUGGAAGCAGCAGACAUCAUCAUUGUCAGCAGCACUCUGAUGUCUUCCGAGAAAAACAUUGACAAGCUCGCUGCGAUCGCCCAAAUGCCAUCGAUCCGUCAGAAGAGAUCGAACCGAGACUCCCAGGACUGGCAUUACGAAGUGGUUGAAACCAUCAAGCAUGCCGCCUAUGACCACAGCAACCCUGACAACCCGAACAAUGCUCAUGUCGAGGCGAGAAUCCAAGGCCGCCGCACCAUCAGCAAUGAUUGGGUCCGGAAAGCCGCAGCCGACAUAGUGGGAGCUAGCGAUCGGAAGACGCAGCAAACCGCCAAGGCGACACCCAAAAAGAAGAAGGGCAAGGCAGCAAAGCCCAAGACGGCCGUCACCAUUGAUGUGAAGGAGGCCUUCCAGAACGGCGAGGUACUUGAAAUGUACACUUACCGCCGCGUGGUCUUUGAUGAGUUCUCGUAUGAGAACACAUCCGUUGCAACCUUCUUCCAGAACGCUGUCGCGUCCUCGAAAUGGAUCCUCUCAGGUACACCGCCUACCAUCAACCUCGGUCAAAUCUGCGAGACUGGAGCGUUGCUCAAUGUUCAUGUUGCGCGACCGACGCCAUCAAUGCCGGGAUUCUUCCCCAAUGCCACGACUGGGCCCAAGGUAUCCGAACUGACUGACGCCGAAACAUUCCGCAGCUACACAGAGCCCUUGUCCGCUCAGCUCGCGGCCGAUCGCCAUGAUCAGGGACAGCAAUUCCUUCUUCACUACUUGCGGAAGAACAAGAUGGAGAUUCCAGGAGUGGAAAUAACCGAGGCCGCCUGCUUCACUCCCAUGAACACUCAAGAAGCCUUGGUAUACAAUCUUGUACAACAGGUUCUUCGUGAUGCAAAGUGGGACGUCGAUGGCAUGCCCUGUGGUCUUGAUACUUUCCUUCGCACCAUCUUGAACGAAGAAAUGACCCAGAGGGCCGGUUCAAAGGUCAAGGCUGCCGGAAAAUCUAUCUGGUCGGAUGCAGUCAACGCGUUAGUUCUCUUGUCUUCGUUGUCCGUUUCUUCCGGCCGAAAGGGAUUCGAGGGCAUGGGUUGGACAGAACCUAACGCGAAGCUGACUCUGGAGCGUCUCAGCAACCAAGCGUCUGCUGCAGCUGGUGAUCACCUUUCCCGUUGCACCCGGAUUCUGGUAUCUCUCUUCGACAAAAUGAUGUACCUGGCGAAUAUGGUCAGCAACGAUGCUGAUACAGGCAGUGGAAAAGCUAAAAAAGAUGCCUACUUUGGUCAUAUGGAGGAGAUUUUCGAUUUCAUGAGGAACACCAACGGCGACUCUGAUGAUAGUGCGUUCAUCAACUAUCUCCAUGAUGCGAUCGUCUACCGAAACUCGAUCCGCCCAGAUUACAUUCCUACUCGAGAGAACUAUUGGGACUGCAACUUAUGGUCCGAGUGGAUGGGUGGCCCUGGAACAUACAAUUCUGCCCAUUGGUGGCUUCUCGACUCGGAUCACGACUUGUCCGAUGGUGAGUUGGACAGCUUGCAGAACCGGUGGGUCGGCUCUGGUGGUGACCAGAGCGAUGACCGAGAGGCUCUCAUCGACCUCAUUCGCCAAGAGCAGGACAGCCAGGAUAAACGCGAGGAAAUGGCUUUGGCUAUUGGACUGAAGGACACCGGCGACAUGACGGCUCAGCUUCAAAAGCAUUUCGAUGGAAAAGCCACCAAAGACGACUAUGAAUUCGGCAUUCAGAUUCCAGCUCACCGACCACAGAAGGGCAAGACGAUUAAACCCCGUGGACAGGCCAUUGACGAGACUUUGAACAGUUUCAUCUUGGUUGUGCAAAGCGUCCAGGCUGGCAUCAAGCUCACGACGGAGGCAUGGCGGCGCUGCAUGUUUCUGAUGAAGUUGAACCAUGUUCUUCAUGGAAGCCAUAGCCCGCUGUCCACCACCUGCAACGUCUGUGAUCGCGUUACUGCCGAUUCUGACAUGUUUCAUUCUAUUGCAUGCGGUCACUCGCUUUGCAAGUACUGCUUUGAUGCUUUCACUGAGGCUGGUGGUCAAAUGUGCCCCAUGCAAAGCUGCAAGGCAUUCAGUCGUGGAUCAUUUGUCCCUAGCGAGAUAUUUGCCACGCCCGCCAACCUGCAGCACGAUCUUUCGGCCGUUCCCAGUGCCAAGGUAUCCGACAUGGAGAACGUCAUGUUCAACAAUGUCCUUGAUGACGAGAAGGUCCUGAUCUUUGCUGCGUACGCGGGCAUCAAGAAAGAGGUCUACGACCACCUCAUUCGCAGCGACAACGGCUUUAGCGUUUACAUGACCGACGGAGGCGAUGAGGACUCGAAUCAGAUUGAGGCAUUCAAAGCGCACCAUGGAAAGGCCGUUCUGAUCCAGAGUCUCAUGUCUUCGGAGUCCGCUGGCACAAAUUUGACCGAGGCGAACCAUCUCAUGUUUGCUGGAGUUCUGUAUACAGACUCGGACAGCUACGACAUGUACAUGAGACAGGCCAAGGGACGUCUCAUUCGAUAUGGACAGAAGCGUCCCGUCUUCGUCUAUCACUUCAUCACCCCGGCUACGCUUGAAUUUGAUAUCUUCAACAAGCGUCAUGGUAACCGCAUCCGCCACUUCGGUGAGGAAGGACGCAUUGCUAUCCCGGUCACUGAGGACGGAGAGAAGGACCCGAGAUUCCCUCUGUAUUUCCGUCCAUACUUGGAGACCGCAUCGAUGGAGAAGCUUCUGCGCUCCGUGGAAUUCGAGGAGUACGAGAAGUGA